AUGCCGACAAGGAAGAAGGCCGUGUACAAGCAUGUCCCCAAGCCAGUUCUCAAAGGGAACAAGGUGAAGUGUUACAGGUGUGGGACAGAUGAUAUCUACAGCAUGUUCAACAUGCUAAAUCACGAUGCCUGGUGUGCUCUUGCGAAAAAGGAGCAGGAGAAGGCAGCUGCUGCCCAAGCUGCUGCCGCAGCCAAGAGUAGACAAAAUUGA